AUGAACAAAGAUAAAUUCAAAACGCCAGCAACAGCGGCGGGAGGGGGUGGCGCGUAUGCGCGGUCGACCGCCGCCGCUACCGCAAAGAAACGGGACACCGCCGCCGCCGAGCUCGAGAGGGACCCGCAAACAUCCACUGCGAAACGGCAACAGCGCUCGCAGGCGUUCACCUCGCACAUGGCGCACGCCGCGCUCGAGCGGAAGCUCGCCACCGCCGAGACGGCGCGCAUUGAUCUCGAGACGAAGCUGCGCGAGAAGGAGCUGCAGGUCGAGCAGCUGGAGCGGGACCGGCGGUGGCUCGCGGAGCGGGAGGAGCGCGAGCGGACGGAGAAGGAGCGCGAGCGAAAGGAGCACGAACAGACCAAGCGCGAGCUCGAAGACGACCUGCGCACAACACGCUCGGCGCUGCACACCCUACGCUCGCAACACGAUGAAUUGGAGGAAGACCACGCCUCGCUCUCCCGCUCGACCUCACACACCAUCUCCUCGCAGGCCGCGCAGCUCUCGACACUGAAUACCCAGCUCGCCUCGCUCGAGCGUGCUCUAGCCGAAUCGGAGCAGCUUGCGACCUCACGCGCGCACAAGCUCGCUGCGCUACAAGAUGAGGUUGAUGACCUGCGCGCUCGCGAUCAAGACGCGUCGCGCACCGAGGCCGACACGCAGACGUGGUCCGUCGUCCGCGAAGAGCUCUCGCGCCAGACGGCGUACGUUCGCCAGCUUGAAGGCGCGAACGCCAAGAUGUCUAAGGAGCUCGCUGUGCUACGCGAGCGGAAGGAGAGCGUCGAGGUCGUGCGCGAACAGAAGCGCGAGCUGGAGCGCAAGCUUGCAGCGAUGGGUGAAAUGCGCGAGCGCGUCGUGCGGCUCGAGGGCGAGUUGGAGGCAGCGAGAGCGGCGGCGUCAUCUCAGGCGCUCUCCCUCUCGGCCUCGCAGUCCUCGAAUACGGCCGCCCGUGAGCUACAAGUGCUCCGGACCAAUCAUGCUCGGCUGCUCGAAGAGCAUGGCUCCACGUCUGCUCUCCUGAAACUACGGGACACGCAGCUGGCCGAGGCGGAAAGGCGGGAGAAUGAGAUUCUGGAAAUGGUCGAACAGAUGGAACCGCAGAUCCGGAGCCUCAAAGACAAGAUUGCGCGACGCGAACAGCGCGUCGCCGUCGCGGCGCGCGAAGUCGAAGGUCUCAAAGCUCUCCUGGCGAGUUACGCAGAAGAGGCGGCACAACAAUCCCCUGCGGCUGCGGCUGACGCUGCACAAACCCAGCGCGUGACACAACUUGACACGUUGCUUGCGGAGUAUAAGACGUUGAACGACCAGCUGCAAUCCGAGCUUGACCGGGCGCUCGAGCAAGCGACGGGUACGGCGCCGGCAGGCGGGACGGCGCACCAGAAGUUGAGCGUGGCAUUGGAUGCUGAGCGGGCCGCACGCACAACGGCCGAGCGAGAGCUGGAAGAUGCUCGCACGACGAUCGCGGCGCUUGAAAAACAGAUGGACGCGCUCGAGCAGCGAUUGUUUGAGCUGCAGGGCGAGAUUGGCGGCGGACGACACGUUCCGCCGGGGGUGCGCGUACUGGAGAUGCGGGACAACCCAGCGCAGCGGUGGACCGACCUGCGGCAGGAGGUGAUGGACAGACUAAAGGGCGAGAACGAGGCGCUGCUCGGGCGAUUGCGGGAGCUGGAGGAGCGAGCCGCGCAUCGCAAGGAGAUCAAGGAUGAGGCGAACGAGGACGGAAAGGACGAGAAGAAGGUAGAAGAUGAAGCAGGCGAGGGCGCAGGCGAGCUCGUGCCGCGUGCAAGCUGGGAGGUGGUGCAGAAGGAGAAGCGCGAGCUGGAGGAGGUCGUACGCCAGAAGGAGAAGCGGCUCCUGCGCCUGCAGCAGGUGUUCACCGCCAAGUCGGCCGAGUUCAAGGAAGCGAUCGCGGCCGUGCUCGGUCUCAAGCUCGCGUUCUACCCGAACGGCCAGGUGCGCGUCACGUCGCGGUACGACCUCUCGUGCUCGUUCGUGUUCCAGCCCGCGAAGGACGGUUCGGGGAGCGCGACUAUGCAGCUCGUCGCGCAGGGCGAGGGCGGGCCGGAGGAUCUCGGGCAGUGGAUGCGCAAUUGGAUAGAAAAGGAGCAAUGCAUACCUGGGUUCUUGGCGACGGUCACGCUCGAAUGCUACGACCGAUGGAAAACGAUGAGGGACAGGGGCGAGUUGGAGGAGUAGCGAGAGGAUCUGGUGAUGUAUUUUACCUCGAUUGACUACGGCACGAGUGAUAUAGAUUACAUUACACGAUGUACACUGCAGAAAUAGGUGGAACAAUGCAGGAUAGCAAAAUAACGGAGAUCAAAGCACGAUGAAGAUGAGAAGACGAAAGAUUUUGUGGAGAGUGCACUUGGGACUGAGGCAACGUUGGACGGAAUCCUUCAGCCUCUAUUGAGCGAUGGGUUGAGACGGGGGGUUUCCACUACGCGGUUAUUAUGGUUCGGAUUCUGAACUAGCUUCGGCCCAUCGACAUCGAUGACGAGCCAGAAUCUAACAGCCGUUUUCCUCCCGCGAAAGUAAGGAUGUCCGUUGUCCGGCAUGAUGGCGAGCUCCAGGCGCGCGGACAUCUUCCAAACCAUGGGCUUCACUGCGCUUUCGCCGCUCGCGGACCGUGAAGUCGGUAGCUGCAUUUCGUGAACGCAAGCCGAUUUCUGUACGAAAGCAUCCUUUCCGAAAGCGCGGACGGUCCCCAGCUGGAGGGGAAAACCGGUGGCGGCCUGGAUCAUGACCCACGCCUGAUGCAACGGCGCAUAGGAACGCGCGUCGAGAGUGUCGACCACCACCGAAUUCUCGCCGUCGAAACCGAAAAAAUUGGCGCGUUUGAGCAGAUGGGGUUUUGCCGCUGCGGCCUGCAGCUGAAAGAAGUUGUGCAGGAAUGCCGAGAGGCGUGCACGUAGUGAGCCGAUGAGGGCGUCCAUGUGCUGGUAGGGCGGAUAAUGGAACUGUGGCUGCGGGUACUCUGUCCACACCGAGCGCCUGGCCCGGUUGUGCUGGGCAUCCACCUUC